AGCCUGACGCAGACACAGCGAGAUCCCCCUUCACACCAGCCCAGCUCGGUCAGGGAGAGGAGGGGAGGGGAUUUUUGUUCUUAUAGUUAGAGAUCAUGCAUGCAGAUGUUCCUGGCUCAGCCAGUGACUGCCUCUGCCACACAUUGUAGUAGUCACAUGCGGACACAGCAAGCUGCAGACUUCUCUCCAGGAGCUGUGAGGUGGAAGGAGAUCUCCAGGAUCUGUACAGCGAUUUCCCAGGGGCUCAGAGGAACAUCCUUUUUUAAUUUUCUUUCUUUUAUUUUUUUUUCCUCCUCCUUUUUUUUUUGUGGUUGGGGUAGUGGAAAUCUAUUUCCAGAAUAGGGAAGGUGGUUCUUCUUCAGCUGCUCCACAUUAGUGGAACCUCUGCUGGAUCUGACAAGUGGCAAGUCCUGGUCUAGGGAGUAUCUACCCAUGGUUUGAGGGCACACAGGGUUCUAGAACUCCCAGGAAUACUAAGUUGCAAACAAACCUUGAAGUUCCAUAUUGAGGGAUCGGGACCUGAAACUCCACCUUCCCCUCUGGAGCUAAGGAAACCUCUGGUGUCCUUCCAAGGAGGUCCUCACCAAGGGUACGGGUUGAGGAGGCAAAAGUUGGGGUAAAGUGGGUACUGGUACAUCCUCUCUCUGGGAGGUUCACGACUGAUCGGGAAGACGACGAAGGGAGAAGGAAAGGCAGCAGGAGCCCCUGCCGGGAUUAUGGGCACUUUGAGGGACUUGCAGUAUGCUCUGCAGGAGAAGAUCGAGGAACUGAGGCAGAGGGAUGCUCUCAUAGAUGAGCUGGAGCUAGAGUUGGACCAGAAGGACGAGCUGAUCCAGAGAUUGCAGAAUGAGCUGGAUAAGUAUCGCUCUGUUAUCAAACCAGCUACCCAACAGGUCCACAAACAGACCACCAACACCUUGGGGGAACAGAGGACCAAGAGGCAGGCUAUAUCAGCCGAGCCAACUGCUUUUGACAUCCAAGAUCUCAGCCAUGUCACUCUUCCUUUCUACCCCAAGAGCCCACAGUCCAAGGAUUUAAUUAAAGAAGCGAUCCUUGACAAUGACUUCAUGAAGAACCUAGAGAUUUCACAGAUCCAGGAGAUUGUGGAUUGUAUGUAUCCAGUUGAAUAUGGCAAGGACAGCUGCAUCAUCAAGGAAGGGGACGUGGGGUCACUUGUGUACGUCAUGGAAGAUGGCAAGGUGGAAGUCACGAAAGAAAGUGUUAAGCUCUGCACCAUGGGACCAGGGAAGGUAUUUGGAGAACUGGCGAUUCUUUAUAACUGUACACGAACAGCGACCGUCAAAACUCUUACAAAUGUGAAACUCUGGGCAAUCGAUCGGCAAUGUUUUCAGACAAUAAUGAUGAGAACGGGGCUCAUCAAGCACACAGAGUACAUGGAAUUUUUAAAAAGUGUUCCAACAUUCCAGAGCCUCCCUGAAGAAAUUCUUAGUAAACUUGCUGACGUACUUGAAGAGACUCACUAUGACUGUGGCGACUACAUUAUCAGACAAGGUGCUCGAGGGGAUACUUUCUUCAUCAUCAGCAAAGGGCUGGUUAAUGUCACACGAGAAGAUUCUCCCAGUGAAGACCCAAUAUUUCUUCGCACUUUAGGAAAAGGUGAUUGGUUUGGAGAGAAAGCUCUUCAGGGGGAAGAUGUCAGAACAGCAAAUGUAAUUGCCGCAGAAGCUGUGACUUGUCUUGUUAUUGACAGAGACUCUUUCAAGCACUUGAUUGGAGGGCUAGAUGACGUUUCUAACAAGGCUUAUGAAGAUGCUGAAGCUAAAGCAAAAUAUGAAGCCGAGGCUGCAUUCUUUGCCAAUCUCAAACUUGCCGAUUUUAACAUCAUUGAUACCCUUGGAGUUGGAGGAUUUGGAAGAGUUGAACUGGUUCAGCUGAAAAGUGAGGAGUCAAAAACAUUUGCAAUGAAGAUACUUAAAAAAAGGCAUAUAGUGGACACACGACAGCAGGAACACAUUCGGUCAGAAAAGCAAAUAAUGCAAGGGGCACACUCUGACUUCAUUGUAAGGUUAUACAGAACAUUUAAGGACAGCAAGUACUUAUAUAUGUUGAUGGAGGCCUGUCUAGGUGGAGAGCUUUGGACUAUUCUCAGGGACAGAGGAUCAUUUGAAGAUUCAACAACAAGAUUUUAUACGGCUUGUGUAGUUGAGGCCUUUGCUUAUUUGCAUUCCAAAGGAAUUAUAUAUAGGGACCUCAAGCCAGAAAACUUAAUUCUGGACCAUCGAGGUUACGCCAAGCUGGUUGACUUUGGCUUUGCAAAGAAAAUAGGCUUUGGUAAGAAAACAUGGACUUUUUGUGGAACCCCAGAAUAUGUAGCUCCAGAGAUCAUCCUGAACAAAGGUCACGACAUUUCAGCAGACUACUGGUCACUGGGAAUCUUAAUGUAUGAACUUCUGACUGGCAGCCCACCUUUCUCAGGUCCAGACCCUAUGAAGACAUACAAUAUUAUAUUACGAGGGAUUGACAUGAUUGAAUUUCCAAAGAAGAUUACCAAAAAUGCUGCUAAUCUAAUAAAAAAACUAUGCAGGGAUAAUCCAUCAGAGAGGUUAGGAAACUUGAAAAAUGGAGUGAAAGACAUCCAAAAGCACAAAUGGUUUGAAGGCUUUAACUGGGAAGGUUUAAGGAAAGGUACCCUCACACCUCCUAUAAUACCCAGUGUUUCAUCACCGACAGACACAAGCAAUUUUGAUAGCUUUCCAGAGGAUAAUGAAGAUCCACCUCCUGAUGACAACUCGGGAUGGGAUAUAGACUUUUAAUGCAUCUUUCUUACCUGCUUCUGCCUUGCUGAAGACAGCUUUCCUGAGACAUGGCUGCCAAGAUAACAAAAGACAAGGAACGGGGGAAGACUAGUGCUCGGGGUCACCAUGAUGCCUUGAACGAUGCUGCUACAGUAAUUACAGUGGCAUUAGGACUUUUUGCUUAGAUGACAAUGCUCUUUAACAUGUUUUACGUUUGACCUUAAUAAGCAGUUGACAUGGUGGUCCUGAAGCAAAGCCUCUUCAUUAAUUACAAAUAAGAGUUAAAGAGAACAAAUAUAUAUGCUUUCUAUCACUGCGAUAAUUUCCCAGAUUUUUAUUUGAAAAAUGUAGUGUACAUCAUUUUAAAAAUGUACAUACUUUGAAUCUAGUGUUAUCCAUAGGAAGAAACAAACUAUAACCAUGCGAAGGUCCAUGAAAAUUGGAAUCUGUUAAUCUUUAGAGUAUGUAAACUGGUAUCUUACUGCAGGUCAGAAUAUAUAAUGUGGAAUUUAUUUAUCAAGAUUUUACCCCAAUGGUGCCCUGCAGCAAAAAAUAUAAUAAUAAGUAAAUGUAUGGUUAUUGAUAAGUAUUAUGAUGAACCUUCCCCAGUGUUACAAAAAAAAUAAUAUAUAUUUUUGUUUUGCAAAAUCCCAUUCAUCACAAGGACCACAUAACCAUUUGGUCAUUAUGUUCAUGUCAUACCAAUUCUUGAAACUGUUUUAUUUUCCAUAUGUGUUCAUGACAAAACUGAAUGUUACAUUUUUGUUUCUUAGAUUUUUAAAAAUUCUAUUAAUAAAAGCACAACUGCUACAUAUGCUGUUCCAAACUAUCAUGAAAGUUGAAUUCAUUCAUUCUCAUUAAGAACUCUGAAUGUAGCAAGCAAUUGUUUUUCCCGUUUCCAUACUGCUCCAUUGUAAAUGGAUAUCAAAAGAAAAGGGAAAACAAAAUUCACAAGUCUGGCACAAAUACAUUACACCUGAUUUUGGGAAUUAUGUGACCUAAAUGGUUUAUCUAAACUCUUAAAGUUGACAUAGAGUGUUAAUAUCCAUUUACAGUACGAGUUUAGAUUAACAUCUAACAUAUCAUCAACUAGAUCACACCCUUUCAACUAUCCUAAAAUAUAUUUUGCUAUUAUUUUGAAGAGCAUUUUGUUAAAAAUAAAAAGCAGAUAUUAAGGGGAGGCAUUUGAAAGAAUAUGCCAAUUUUUACAUGGUCAAAAUACCAAUAUAUUCUACUGGAUGGCUUAGAGUUCCACGUUGUAAAAAUUGGAAGUUGGCAUGACUGCCAAUGCACUAUUCACUUCCUUUCUAUGUUCUUUGAUGAUCUCUAUGGUCUUCCUCCACUAUGAGAAGUUCGGAGUUGGAGUCCACACGUAAAACUACAUUCAUCCCCAAAUGUGAGUGGGCAAAAUCAAUCACCAUUCAUGCUGUGAAACCAAGGCUCUCCAGGAAAGUUCAUGUGCACUCAUCAUAAUAUUGUCCGUUUUUUUUUCUUUUUUCUUCAAAUAACUUACAUUUUGUCAAUGUAAGAAGACCAAAGGAGUGUGAUGACUAGAUGCACAGUGCUACUUUCCAGAUUAUCAUUUGUACAUGAUAUCACAUGUAUGCAAGUAGCUAGUUGGGGACACCUCCUCU